AUGACUAACAAGCGACUGACUGAUAAACAACGAGAUUCAGGGUGCUUCAUUGUUGAUGCAAAUUACGAACGACAGACACGCCUGAUUCACAGCACUGUGACGUUGAAGCGGACCAGAUCUCACGCACAUGGCCACCAGUCAUUGAUGCCGGACAAUUCACGGACACAGUUGCUUAGAAUUGUCAGAACAGUCUCGAUGCGCACAAAGAAAAAAACAAUGAUAAAUUUAUAUUAUCAAAAUUCUACGGGACUUAAACAGAUACUAUUGGGUCCCGUUGGUCAACUGAUCCCAUGCGGCAGUGACAGGAAAAAACCAGCUCCCCGAGAAAAAGCUGUCUUGUCAUCAGCCGACAAGGAGGUAUUUUAUGACAAAAAUUCUGGUACAAAGAAGCUUAAACACAAAUAUGGAUUCAUACUGGUUCCAUUCUCAUCCAAUCACAAGGAAAACGACAAAGCUAACAUCUCUAUGCGUGAAUGCAGCAGAUCCUCCUACGACUGCCCAUUGACAAUUGUCAGAACAGUCUCGAUGCGCACAAAGAAAAAAACAAUGAUAAAUUUAUAUUAUCAAAAUUCUACGGGACUUAAACAGAUACUAUUGGGUCCCGUUGGUCAACUGAUCCCAUGCGGCAGUGACAGGAAAAAACCAGCUCCCCGAGAAAAAGCUGUCUUGUCAUCAGCCGACAAGGAGGUAUUUUAUGACAAAAAUUCUGGUACAAAGAAGCUUAAACACAAAUAUGGAUUCAUACUGGUUCCAUUCUCAUCCAAUCACAAGGAAAACGACAAAGCUAACAUCUCUAUGCGUGAAUGCAGCAGAUCCUCCUACGACUGCCCAUUGACAACAGCUACCAACUCAUUGGUUGUUGGUCUGUUCGCUGAGCUUGGCAGUUUCAUCGCCAGUCGGGGUGACAUGGUCAGUAAUGAUGUGACGAAUGACACCGUCACUGACGUUGUCGCCUCGAUUGGUGAUUCAACUGCCAAGCUCGGCGAACAGACCAACAACCAAUCAGCGCACCCAAGCUACCUAUAUCCGACAACAUUGCCAGCUACCAUCUAA